AAGAUAGCCAAGUUUUUUUCAGAUAUGGAUGGCGAAGAGGAGUCUUCAAUGGAAGCCUACAUGACUGAUGACUAUUAUGUAAAGGAUUUGUUGCGGAAUGAGGACUGUGUAGCGGUCGAUCAGGAGGUAGUGAUUGGCGAAGGCGAAGACCAUGAAUAUUGUGAUUUGGAACCAUUAUCUUAUUCAUUUAUUGAAUAUGGGCCUUUCUCAGAGGUGCAGUAUGAGGCCUCCUUGACGGAAUCCAAUGACGGUUUAGAUAUACUUGUCGAUCAUGUAGAAGUUGUUAACUCUUCCUCAGCAGAACGCUAUACUUCCGAUAAUCCUCAGGAAUUGUUGGUCGUCUCGAAUGAAGCAAGUGAAAAACCACUGAAGCCACCAAAUGUCUACGUGAAACGCGAUCGGACAUGGAAAUUUCAGAAGAAUACAGUUGUUGCCACGUGCGGAGAAAAUGGCCAGUUUUUCUAUCAUCCCGAUCCGUUCUCUCCUGUACCGCCUUUCAAAGGGGCGCCAAGCGCAGUGAAAAGGAUGGAGUAUGCUGCGAGAAGAAUAGAUAAUCGGAAAUACAGGGAUCAGCACAGCAAAGUUCUAGCGUCCGACCAGUUGGACAGUGCAACGUGUUCCAAGUUAGUUUGCUUUCCUUGA